CUGUUUAAAUUCUACUUGCUAUCUCUGUGUCUUGUUUUCUUCUGUCAGGAAACGGUGCUCAUCUUGUGGUUUUGGUUUACACAAUGCUUGUGGAAUGUGCAUCUGCUUUUUGGCUUUUCGUUUUUCCUUCUCUCAUUCAUCCGUCCAUCCAUCCAUCCAUAUAAACCAGCCUCUGGUGUGCAUGUAUUUUUCAUAAACGUCCUCCAUAGUGUGUGUUUUUCAGGCCUAGCUCUGCAAUGUGACCUGCACAUGCAUUCUGAACACAAACCUCUUCGCUAAUAUUAACACACACUCAAAGCAGGGAUAUUUUGCAGGAACACUGAAGAUUUGAUGAAGAAACGGCCAGCUUCUGUGUCUCCAGUGUGGCUGCACUGCAGCACACACAUUAUGCAGGGUGACCGGAACCGGCUCAAACCGGUUUGAGGCAGACGAGGAGGCUCGGAAACAAUACAGUCACUGUGCUACAGGCAGAUAGCCGACUGCUUCAUGGCAGCCAAAAUGGCAAAGGGGUCUUCAGGAGUGAUACAGCCCAUAGCAGGGACGUUAGAGAGACGCUCUUUGCGCACCCCCAGACGGCAAUGCACGUCAGGGCCGGGCGGCAGCCAUGAGAGCUGAGCAGAUAUGGUGACCGUGGGUCACCGUGUCCUGUUAUUCAUGGUGGUCACCGUCCAGAAUGGUCUCUGGCGUGCCUUUCCUCCUGGUGGAUCGUUUCUUGAAGGGCCCUGCCUAGUGCAAAAAGUGGAUUUUUUUUUUCCCUCUGCUGUCAGGGAGAAAGGAGGAGGAGGGUGGUGGUGGUGUUUUGUUGUGGAGGUGGUGAGAGGAAGGAAGGAAGGAAGGAAGAAGGGAAGGAAAGCAAGAUUGUUUGCUCUAGUUGUCGGAACACCGAGGGUGUUUAGCUCAUUCUCAUAAGACCAUGGGCGACAUGAAAACCCCAGACUUUGAUGAUCUGCUUGCGGCUUUUGACAUUCCUGAUAUGGUUGAUCCCAAGGCUGCCAUCGAGUCCGGCCAUGAUGAUCAUGAGGGACAACUCAAACACAAUGCCCACCAUGAAGAGGACUCCCAUGUCUCCUCUGGUCCAGAUGUUGGGGUUAGCGUUAUUGUUAAAAACGUCCGUAAUUUUGAUGCCACCGAACAUCUCUCAGAGAAGGAUGUUCAUCCCACUGUCGGAAAUGGACUGCACAAUGGUUUCUUGCCCGUGUCACCCAACAACAGAUUCAACAAAGAAAGCGACAAGCUUCAAAAAGGUGAAAUCCAUGGGAUGGCAGGAAAUAUCUCCACGUUUAACCAGUUUAGUCCCAUCUCUAGUGCAGAGGAGUUUGAUGAUGAUGACAAGAUUGAAGUAGAUGACCCUGCCGACAAGCAAAGUAAUUUACAGUUUAGACCAAACCCUUUAACUGGUCUGAGUGCAAAGACGGAAGAGCCUCGUUCUCAACACAGCAAACCAGAUGGUCAAUCUAGGCCAAGAACAAAUGGUAAUUACAAUCAUUUGAAAGUUGAGAAUAGUAACGCAAAUGGCACUAACCUGUAUGAAUCCCAAAAGCCAAGAAAAACUGAGGAGCACUCCAAAGAAAGGUCCCAAGAAGCAAAAGAGUCGGGAGAACCAGUUGUUGAGUUGAAUGUGACCAACCUCUCCCAAGCCAAGGCCAAAUCAUCUGCAAAGCUCUCAUCCUGCAUUGCUGCAAUUGCAGCACUCAGUGCAAAGAAAGCAAGCACAGAAGCAACAUCUCCAGAAUCUUUAGGCACUCCUCGAGAUUCACCCAGAGAGGCUAAAGAGAUCCCAAAGGUUACGGAUAAUUCACCAGAGCAGGAGUCAGCUUUGGAGCUUGGCAAGAAGGUGCUCUCGAAACAACCUGAGAGUCCUUGCAGUGUUACCAGUGAAAGCAGCAGCAAAGAGUCUCCUGCAUCUCCAGCAGGAUCUAUACCAGUCAUUCCCAAAGUCCGCAUUAAAACGAUUAAGACGUCUUCAGGGCAGAUCAAGAGAACUGUUACCAGAGUUCUUCCUGAGUUUGAUCCUGAAGCGUUGAAGAAAGGUAUCGAUUCUUCACCCAGUGUUGUCUCUUCUCUGCUGUCCUCUUCAACCUCGCCUUCUGUUUUCUCAUCUCCCACAAGAACUUUGCCGACCACGGUAGUAACAACUUCUGGAGGCUCUGCCAUUGAGGUAACUAAACAAAUGACCAUCAAGCCCGUGGCCACUGCCUUUUUACCCGUCUCAGCCGUCAAGACAGCAGGCUCCCAAGUGAUUAACCUGAAACUUGCCAACAAUACGACUGUAAAGGCCACUGUCAUACCAGCGGCAACUGUUCAGAGUGCCAGCAGUGCCAUCCUCAAAGCUGCAAAUGCCAUUCAGCAACAAACUGUCAUGGUGCCUGCUUCCAGCCUAACAAACACCAAACUUGUGCCAAAGACUGUCCACCUAACCAACUUAAAUCUGUUGCCUCAGAAUGCAUCAGCGGCUGAACUCCACCAGGUCCUGACCAAGCCCCAACAACCCAUCAAGCAAGCCAUGUUGGCCCAGCAGCAACAGAAGAAAGUGUCUCGGGUCCAGGUCCUAACCAGCUCCCAGAGCUCAGUGGUAGAGGCCUUCAAUAAAGUUUUGAGUAGCAUUAACCCAGUGCCAGUUUAUGUACCCAAUCUCAGCCCUCCGAUAUCCGCCUGUAUAUCUUUACCAUCCCGAGGGUACAAGUGCUUGGAAUGUGGCGAUUCCUUUGCCCUGGAAAAAAGCCUCUCUCAGCAUUAUGACCGUAGAAGCGUCCGCAUUGAGGUCACUUGCAAUCACUGCGCCAAAAACCUAGUCUUCUACAACAAGUGCAGCCUUUUAUCACAUGCUAGGGGCCACAAAGACAAAGGGGUUGUCAUGCAGUGUUCUCAUCUCAUCUUGAAGCCAAUUCCAGCAGACCAGAUGAUCCUAGCGCCAUCAGUAACCUCCAGUGCUCCCACCUCUUCAGCCAACCUUGGAUCCUCGGUAGUGGGGAGUCCAGGGAAGGGAAACCCAACCACGGUGAUCUCUGCACCCUCUUCGGCCCCUGUUGUGGCUGCAAUGCCUCUAGAUAAAGACGUCUCGAAGGUCUGCAGAUCGAGUCUGAAGUGCUUGGAAUGUAAUGAGACAUUUCAAGAAGAGUCAUCUCUUGCAAUGCACUACCAGCAGGCUCCUGAAUCCGGCGGACAGAAAACCUGCACCAUUUGCCAAAUGCUACUGCCAAACCAGUGUAGCUUUGCUUCCCAUCAGCGGAUCCAUCAACACAAGUCUCCAUAUAUCUGCCCUGAAUGUGGAGCUAUCUGUCGAUCUGUCCAUUUUCAGUCUCAUGUGACCAAGAACUGCCUACACUACACACGCCGAGUGGGCUACCGCUGUGUUCACUGUAGUGUCAUCUUCGCUGACGUUGCUGCUCUCAAGUCGCACAUUCAGGGAUCCCACUGUGAAAUCUUCUACAAAUGCCCCAUCUGCCCCAUGGCUUUUAAAUCAGCCCCCGGUACACAUUCCCAUGCCUACACCCAGCAUCCAGGAGUUAAAAUUGGAGAGCCUAAGCUGAUCUACAAGUGUUCCAUGUGCGACACGGUUUUUACCCAGCAGACUUUGCUCUACACACACUUUGACCAGCACAUAUCCAGUCAGAAAGUGUCUGUCUUCAAGUGUCCGGACUGUUCGAUGCACUACGCCCAAAAGCAGCUCAUGUUGGACCAUAUUAAAUCCAUGCAUGGCAUCUUAAAGACCAUCGAGGGCCCUCCAAACCUGGGCAUCAAUCUCCCUCUCAGCUCCAAACCUACUAAUUCCAUGAGCCCAAAUAAUAACAACAACAAAGAGGGCGUCUCAAUCAACAGCCUUGAGAAGGGAGAGAGGAAGCCAACAUCCCCGACAAAAAAGAGUAGUAACGGGACAGACCUUCCCAAAAAAGUCCCAUUGUCCACUUCCUGCCCUGGCUGGACCUGCAGGGAGUGCGACCGCUUGUUUACACAGAGAGAAGUCUUCAUCGCUCACAUGAAAAGAGAGCAUGGGAAGCAACUGAAAAAGCAUCCGUGUCGACAGUGUGAAAAGUCCUUUAGUUCCUCUCACAGUUUAUGUAGACACAACCGAAUUAAACACAAGGGCCUACGGAAAGUCUACUCCUGUCCACACUGCCCAGAACCCAGUCGCACUUUCACCAAAAGACUGCUGCUAGAGAAACACAUUCAGUUGAUGCAUGGCAUCAAAGACACAGAGGCCAAGCUUCCUGCAGAUUCCAGCAGCGCAGAGGCAACCCCAGACAAAGAGCAGGUCCCCAGUCCAAAACGCAAGCUCCACUCUGAAGAUGAGGACGCUGAGAAGGAAGAGGAAGUGCAAGAGACCAGAGGAGAAGUGACUACCGCUCAGCGGUCCAAGAGCUCAUCCUCACAGCCUCUAAAGAAGCUGAAGAUCAACGUCUUCAAGACGCACAAAUGCGCAGUGUGUAGCUUCACCACCGAGGACAUUGUGCGUUUCCACGAGCACAUUCCCCAGCACAAGACCGACGUCUCAUCCUACCAGUGUCGUGAAUGCGGCCUGUGCUACACCUCACACAACUCCCUCGCCCGACACCUGUUCAUCGUGCACAAGCUGAAGGAGCCCCAAGGGCGACACAACGAGCAGCAAGAGAACACGCCCAACCCGGACGCCAACGACGGCAUCCCAGAUACUCAAUGUAAAGUAUGUUCAAAAACAUUUGAAACGGAGGGAGCCUUAAACACACACAUGCGGACACACGGAAUGGCCUUCAUCAAGUCCAAACGACUGAGUGCAGCUGAGAAGUAAGAGCGAGGUAGUGCCCCCUAGUGGAUGGAUGUUGGUUUGCAAGGAAUUAUUUGUCUGUAGAGAACGUAUAGAAGCGUUUAACGUCAUAUUCCUUCACUCUGGCCUCCUUGUAUGCUCAUUUGUUGUGCAUACGUAUACAUAUAUAUAUAAAUAUACAUAUAUAUAUACAAAAUGUAUAAAUCUAUACACACAAAAUGUGUGUUUAAAGAAGUGUAAUAUAUAAAAGCGGAUUUAAGUGUAUUUAAUUAUCUAUGAGAACACAUUUUGUAUACUUUAUGAUAGAUGUUUGUAUGCGUGUUCGAUAGACCUUUUUUAUAGAUUCUUUUUAUUUUCUAUUUUAGACAGUUCUCGUUGUUUUCUCGUGGGAGCAGAUGCUGACAUUUCGGUCCCAGUUUCCGAACUGCUGCUAAAAAUGCACAGAAUGUCAUGGCUAUACUUCUCAGUGAGACAUUUUGUGCUCUAAAAGGACAAUCAGUCCACAACCUACAACACUAGCAGGUCUCCUAAAGCAGCCAAAAAUGGCGCUUGACUGAAGGAUUGGCCGUUGAGUUGAGCCGGAAAGCUUUUUUGGUGCAUUUCUGUUUUGUGAAUUAGUCGUCCAUUUGAAACUACUAUAAUUUAGCACUACGGAAGAACAAGACAUGAAAGUAGGUCUUUAAAUUUAUAUAUCUCAGCCACUGCCAAGAGGUUGUGUCGAAUCAAUAUGUGCUUUUUAACUUUGUGUCGUCAAAGCCGGACGAUUGUCCUCCGAAUUCAUUUCUUCUCAGGCAGCUUGUUUCAAAUCAUAACUUUGUGUUUUGGAUUACCACACUACAUUGUCUCAACUCUGGCCUGUUAUCAAGAACCACAUUUCAGAUUCAUGCCCAUUUAAUUUUGAGGUACUUCGGGACGUAUUUACUUGUAAUUUCAAUCCGAAACCACAUUGCCCUGCAGAUAUGUGAAGGUGAAAUCCAUGUUUUAUUUAAAACCAAAGUUCCUCCUUACACGUGAGCUCUAAAGUCAGAUAUUUGCGCGUUUUCUCGCUCUUGAAAUCAGUAAUUCAUAAGUGCUGGUAUGCUGAAGUGUGGUCAAGUGCCUCCGGCACUCGAAAGCUAAACGUCUUCAAUUUGUCAUCAACCCAAUGUACAGUUGAGGUCAAAAGUUUACAUCCCCCUUUCAGAAUCUGCAAAAUGUUAAUUAUUUUACCAAAAUAAGAUGUUACUGUUUAUUUAGUACUGAUCUGAAUAAGUUAUUUCACAUAAAAGAUGUUUACAUAUAGUCCACAAGAGAACAUAAUAGUUGAAUUUAUAAAAAUGACCCUGUUCAAAAGUUUACAUACACUUGAUUCUUAAUACUGUGUUGUUUCCUGAAAGAUCCACAGCUGUGUUUUUUUUGUUUAGUGAUAAUUUUUAAUGAGCCCCUUGUUUGUCCUGAACAAUUAAACUGCCUGCUGUUCUUCAGAAAAAUCCUUCAGGUCCUACUAAUUCUUUGGUUUUCCAGAAUUUUUGUGUAUUUUAACCCUUUCCAACCACGACUGUAUGAUUUUGAGAUUCAUUUUUUCACACUGAGGACAACUGAGGGAUUCAUAUGCAACUAUUACAGAAGGUUCAAACGCGCACUGAUCUUCCAGAAGGAAAAACCAUGCAUUAAGAGCCGGGGGUGAAAACUUUUGAACAGAAUUGUCAGAUGUGUACAUUUUUCCUAUUUUGCCUAAAUAUCAUGUUUUUUCAUUUAGUACAGCCCUUCAGAGGCUACAGAACAUACUUACAUGUUUCCCAGAAGACUAAAUAAGUUAAAUUUACCCUGAUCUUCAAACUCCAAAAGUUUUCACCCCCCUUGCUCUUAAUGCAUUGUUUUUUCUUCUGGAGCAUCAGCGAGCACUUGAAACUUCUGUAAUAGUUGCAUAUGAGUCCCUCAUUGUAAAAAGAUGGAUCCCAAAUCAUACAGUCAUUGUUGGAAAGGGUUUAAAUACACAAAAAAGCUGAAGGACCUGAAGGAUUUUUCUAAGGUACAGCAGACAGUUUAACUGUUCAGGACAAACAAGGGACUCGUAGAAAACUAUCACUACACAAAAACAAACAAACACAGAUGUGGAUCAUUCAGGUAACGACACAGUAUUAAGAAUCAAGGGGAUGUAAACUUUUGAACGAGGUCUACAUAUAGUCUCUUGUGGACUAUAUGUAAACAUCUUUUAUGUGAAAUAUCUUAUUCAGGUCAGUACUAAAUAAACAAUAAUAUUCAUUUUGUAUUAUCCCUCUUAUUUUGGUAAAGUAAUUAACAUUUUAUAGAUUAUAAACAGGGGAUGUAAACUUUUGACCUCAACUGUACGUGUUUUUAGUUUGUUUUUUGGAGCAGCAUAUCAUGGAAAAGUCUUGAGAUUGCUGUUCCACUGACUCACAUGCUAAGUGUGAAAAAGGGAAAAAAAAAGAGCUGCCUUCACUAUAAAUGAAUGUUUUGGUCCAAAUGUGAAAUGAGCUGUACAAUUUCUUUGCAUUUGUUUUUCCCCCUUCUGACUUGAUUUCACUCGAUUUGUCCUCGAAACUCAGUAUUUUGCUUUCCUUUUGGAUAAAUGAGUACUAUUGAGGACGCAUAUGUGCAUGAGAGAAGCCAUUCACGGUGGUUGUUCUGUUUUAUAGAAUGUCUUGCUGAUGUUCGGUAGACUUUGUUCUAUGUUUGUGCAAAAAAACGUUAUCAUUAAUAAAUGAUACAUACACAAAACUA